AUGCAAAGCCGACCCCCCCCUCCUCCUCCGCCACCACCGCCUCCUCUCUCACCCGGGAUCACUUCCGAAACCACUUCGCCUUCAGCCCCUGCCUCGGCCAGAGGGAUUUAUUUAAUGGGGAUGUGUUCAAGGCAAGAGCGAAUUCAGAAGGAUAUCGACGUCGUGAUCCAGAAGUCCAGAUCCGAGAAGGACUGCCUGUUUGCAGAUUUCAGAUACUCAGACUCCACCUUUACUUUCACCUACGUUGGCGGCCCCAAAAGUGUAUCCUAUUCAGUACAUGUAUCUGAAGAUUACCCAGAUAAUACAUAUGUUUCAAGUUCAGAAAAUGAUGAAGAUGUAUUAGUUACUACAGAGCCAAUUCCAGUAAUUUUUCAUCGACUAGCAACAGAAUUAAGAAAGACAAAUGACAUUAACUGUUGCUUAUCCAUAAAAUCCAAAUUACAGAAGGAAAGUGGCGAGGAGUCGAGACAGAACAGCACAGUGGAGGAAGACUCUGAAGGAGAUAAUGAUUCGGAAGAAUUUUAUUAUGGAGGACAGGUUAACUAUGACGGGGAGCUGCACAAACACCCCCAGCUUGAAGCUGACUUGUCAGCAGUGAGAGAGAUAUAUGGGCCACAUGCAGUUUCUCUCAGGGAAUAUGGAGCCAUUGAUGAUGUAGAUAUUGAUCUGCAUAUUGAUGUUAGCUUUCUUGAUGAGGAGAUUGCUGUGGCAUGGGAAGUGAUUCGAACAGAACCUAUAAUUGUCCGAUUACACUGUUCUCUUACACAGUAUUUGAAUGGCCCAGUGCCCACUGUUGAUGUCUUUCAGAUUUCCACAAAAGAGAGAUUUGGUCUGGGACAUCAGCUGAAAAAAAUCAUGCAGACGUUUGUUACACAGCAGUGGAAGCAGAGCAAAGAAAAAUCCAAUUGCCUGCACAAUAAGAAGCUGUCAGAGAAGAAAGUCAAGUCUCCCCUGCAUUUGUUUUCAACCUUGCGCAGGUCGCCAAGUUAUCCUCCCCCUGGUUGUGGAAAAAGCAAAUCUAAACUGAAAUCGGAGCAGGACGGGAUCUCCAAGACGCAGAAGCUACUGCGGAGGACUUGUUCCAGCACCGUCAAGACGGAGGACGUGUGCGCCCCGAAGCCGCACAGGACCUUCGGGCGCUCGCUGUCCAGCGACCCCCGGGCUGAGCAGGCAGUGACAACCAUUAAAUCACACAAACUCUUGAAUCGUCCCUGCCCUGCAGCCGUCAAGCAGGAGGACUGCCUUGCUCUCAAGUCGCACAAACUCUUGACCCGCUCUUGUUCUGGAGACCCGCGCUGUGAGCACAAUGCCAGCCUGAAGCCUCACAAACUGUUAAGCAGGUCUUACUCCAGUAACCUCAGAAUGGAAGAAUUAUACGGACUCAAGAAUCACAAGUUGCUCAGCAAGUCUUACUCCAGUGCCCCCAAGUCAUCCAAAACGGAGCUUUUCAAGGAACCCAAUGCAGAGGGCAGGAGGCUCUCUCUUACCUCAGGGCUCAUUGGUAUCUUAACACCAUCGUCAUCUUCAUCUUCCCAGCCUGCUCCAAAUGGUGCCAAAUGCAUUCCAAUACGAGACCGUGGCUUCCUAGUGCAGACAAUUGAGUUUGCUGAACAGCGGAUCCCUGUGUUAAAUGAGUACUGUGUGGUUUGUGAUGAACCACAUGUGUUUCAGAAUGGCCCCAUGCUUAGGCCUACGGUGUGUGAACGAGAGCUGUGUGUAUUUGCUUUUCAAACCCUGGGAGUAAUGAAUGAAGCUGCUGAUGAAAUAGCAACUGGAGCUCAGGUGGUAGAUCUACUAGUAUCCAUGUGUAGGUCUGCAUUGGAAUCUCCUAGAAAAGUUGUCAUUUUCGAGCCAUAUCCUUCUGUGGUAGAUCCUAACGAUCCUCAGAUGCUGGCCUUCAACCCCAGGAAGAAGAACUAUGAUCGAGUAAUGAAAGCACUGGAUAGCAUAACUUCUAUUAGAGAAAUGACACAAGCACCAUAUCUGGAAAUCAAGAAGCAGAUGGAUAAACAAGACCCCCUUGCUCAUCCCUUACUGCAAUGGGUUAUUUCAAGUAAUAGGUCACAUAUUGUGAAACUGCCAGUUAACAGGCAACUGAAGUUCAUGCAUACACCCCAUCAGUUCCUUCUUCUCAGCAGUCCACCAGCCAAAGAAUCCAAUUUUAGAGCUGCUAAAAAACUCUUCGGAAGCACUUUUGCAUUUCAUGGCUCACACAUUGAAAACUGGCACUCCAUCUUAAGGAAUGGUCUGGUUGUUGCUUCUAAUACACGACUGCAGCUCCACGGUGCAAUGUAUGGAAGUGGAAUCUAUCUUAGUCCAAUGUCAAGCAUAUCAUUUGGUUACUCAGGGAUGAACAAGAAGCAGAAGGUGUCAGCCAAGGAUGAGCCGGCUUCAAGCAGUAAAAACAGCAAUGCAUCACAGUCACAGAAGAAAGGACAGCAAUCCCAGUUCCUGCAAAGCCGUAACUUAAAAUGCAUAGCCUUAUGUGAAGUGAUCACCUCACCUGACCUGCACAAACAUGGAGAGAUAUGGGUCGUCCCAAAUACUGAUCAUGUCUGCACAAGAUUCUUUUUUGUCUAUGAAGAUGGCCAAGUGGGAGACGCAAAUAUUAACACACAAGAAGGAGGCAUUCACAAAGAGAUCCUUCGAGUAAUUGGUAAUCAAACUGCUACUGGUUAAAGGACCACCAUU